AUGGCGCGGCCGGUCUUGAAGAUCGUCCUGGGGGCGAUGCUUUUCUCUCCGGCAACGUGUCUCAUGUCGUGGUGGACGGAGCUGAGCCCUCAGAUUGCGAUGCAAGAUCCUACAACGCUCAAAAUCCUCCAUAGCGCGUGCAAUAGUAACUCCACACCCAUAUUCCCCACGGACGGAAAGAAUGCGUUCGACUUGCAGAAAACUCCUCGGAACGGUUCAGCCCUCGCGGGAGCGGGAUGGUAUGAUACGGCACAGUUGCUGACAAUGGCAUCGAUUUUCUACCAGACAGAGGACGGGUCGAUCGUCAACGGUUACUUUGAGUGCGACAUGUCGACAGGCCUCUACGACAAGAAGGGAGAAUACACCAUCUCGUCUACGGCGAAUGUGAAAUCCAUCCAUGACGAGACAGGUCUCGCGGUCGAGCUGCUGGGGUCGGAAAACGGAUAUCGCGUAUUCUUCCAUGAUGAGGACAGAAGGGUUAAUGUCAUGGCAUACACGGUCAAGGACGACUGGCGAUGGAAGGGCCGGAUUUCUCAAGACCAAGCGAAUUCGACGGUGCUGACCUCAACGCACUCGGGCCAGCUGAACAUGUCUGUCGUCUUUCCCAAAGACGCUGAAACCCUCGAAAUCUCGAGAUACUUCAAGGAUGAAACUUGGCAUCUCGCCACGUUGCCUCGGACUCUCACCAACGACACGCUGACGAAUAACACCGACACAGCCGACAUCGUCGUUGACUCGUCUCUCACGCCCAACCUCACGUUGACGGCCUGGCCGACAAACUUGACGCAUUUGGUCGCCUCCGUCGACGGAUCGUACGUGAGGAGUCUAUUUUACCUCGGAACCGAUUCCAAACUUCAUCAAAUUUCAAACGUCAACGGGGCAUGGACGAUGAUGUCAGAGCAAGAUGAACGGCUUUGGCCGGUGGCUGACGAUGCCGGAGGCGCGUUGACAGUGACGAACAACUUCGACACGAAUGAAGUAUGGCUUUGGUACCGCUCAAACGGCAGCUGGGCACAGCUUUACCACGGCACUGACGGCCUCUGGACACAAGCCAGCGUAGUUCCCAGCUUCAACGCGACGAAGACGGCCGAGAAUGAUCCGAACGGGACGUCGACAGCAUCGAGCGCAUCCGCCAAGCCGGCAGUCUUGUCCACUGGAGCGAAAGCUGGCAUCGGAGUUGGAGUCACUGUGGGAGUUAUUGGCUUUGCGGCAGUGGUGGCUCUGUUUUGUGUCCGGAAAAGACGGCAGCAAAGGGCCUUGAAAGAAGCGCGCCUGAAGGAAAUCGAGGCUGCUAACGGACACACGUCUCCCGGGAAUAGCCUCCAAGGAUCCGGCGGAGUGGGGCCGUAUACGGAGUACGGGAGCCCAGAGAAUCCGACAGAGAAGCUCGGAACGCAGAUACUGGAGGCCGACGCCACACAACCGCCACAAGAACUGGAUGUAGGCGAAGUGUACGAGCUUGUCGGAGAAGGACACUUAGGAGAGAUGGAUGCGACAGGGCAGAACGGUGCAUGA